AUGGCGAGUCCACCAAGGACACCACGCAAAUUGCAAAAGCGCAGAUCGACACCCAUACAGCCUACUGACCCGCCCCAAAAAGGCCGUGCCGAUCCAGAUUCGCCGUCAAAGGCUCUCCUUCAAGCGGGAGGAUCGUCGAGCUUCGCUGUGGUAGCAGGGGAAGAUGGCUUAGAGCCCUUGCCGGAGGACUCGUUCACUUCGCCGACCGCCCAUUUGAGCGUUCAGGUGGAAUCACAAACGGACAUGUUCAAAUGUAUGGUCAGGCUCCUCUACUUGCGUCAACAACAGCUCCAGAACCGCUGGGCAGACGAGGAUUCAGCAGAAGGCAUCUUGUUGAAGACUGGUAAUGGCAAUUACAUCUCUCAGCCUCGUGAACUUGCCGAAGCCUGCGGUGGGUUUUCUGAGCAGAUGAGGAAGCUCAAUGUGAAGGUGGCGAUGACGGUCAAAACGCCCGUGAUACAAACAUUUCUGGCGACCUAUAAACCGCCAUAUGUACCUUACACCCAGGACCAACGGAUCAGCAUUCUCGAUUCUAUUGAAGAAGUGUGUCAAGCGCAUAGACACCAUUACGCAGUCUUUGUCCGUAGCACAGGAUUGCUUGUAGUGUGGGACGAGGAUGCAGUUGAAAUUACUGACCGUGCCAUUCGUAUUGAGAAGCAUCUGGUCGACCUGGUGUGGGCAAUGAGCUCCGAACAAGAGAGAGACAUACACACGAUCGAGUCCGCUGAGCCCCCAAGGGAGGACGCGACGGCUUCUGUGGUCACUGCACAACCGCUUCCAGCAACACCCGCAGAAGCAGAGACCGGUGCUCCGGAGGCACCUCGACAAACCCUAUUGUGGCAGGCUUUGGUGGUUGGCUGCGGCGGUUGCCUCACGGUUUUCUGCCUGUCGAUAGGGUGGAGGAAUUUGGCAGUCGAGAUUAAAAUCGACCACAGCUGGACUCGACUACUGCUGGUGGUUGCAUCACCACUCCAGUUAUGGCUGGGUUGGUUCUUCUUCAUGACCGUGGUCACCACCAUUGCCCAACUCGUCGGCCCGGUCAAACAGGUCUUCCAGAAUUCGAAGUUCUACUCCGCCGUUCCCACGAAGCGCCUCCGCGACAAUCUUCCACACGUGACGAUUCAGUGCCCGGUGUACAUGGAGAGCCUCGACAGUGUCAUCAGUUCCACGGUUGCGUCGGUCAACAAGGCCAUCUCCACGUACGAGCUGCAGGGCGGGAGUGCCAGCAUCUUCAUCAACGACGACGGUAUGCAGCUUCUCCCCGAAGAAGAGGCCCGAAGACGGGUCCAAUUCUACGAGGACAACAACAUAGGUUGGGUGGCCCGGCCGAAGCACGCACCAAAUGGAAACGCCGACGGGCAGGGUGUCUUUAUCCGAGCCGGGAAAUUUAAAAAGGCUUCCAAUAUGAACUACUGCCUCAGUGUUAGCAACCGCGUUGAAGACAAGAUGGCCGAAGUCGAGCGGACGCCCACCUGGACCCAAGAAGACGAAGAUCGACUAUACACGUCUGCGUUCGAAGCCAUCGUCAAGGAAGACCAGGGCCGGAGCUGGGGAGCCGGUAACAUCCGUAUGGGCGACUUUAUCCUCCUCAUCGAUUCGGACACUCGAGUCCCUGAGGACUGUCUUCUGGACGCUGUCUCCGAGCUGACCGCGACUCCGGAAGUGGCUAUAAUUCAAUUCUCGUCUGGAGUUUUAAACGUCACAACGAGCUUUUUCGAACGUGCCAUUACCUUCUUCACGAAUCUCGUCUAUACCUCGAUCCGGUUCGCGGUGGCUUGCGGCGACGUAGCGCCAUUCGUUGGUCACAACGCGAUGCUUCGGUGGUCAGCUCUUCAAGACGUUAGUUAUAUCGACGUCGACGGAACAGAAAAGUACUGGGCCGAGAACACAGUAUCGGAGGACUUUGACAUGUCACUUCGGCUCCAGUCACUGGGCUAUAUCAUUCGGUAUAGCGCGUACUACGGCGACGGUUUCAAAGAGGGAGUCUCGCUUACUGUCUACGACGAGCUCAUCCGUUGGGAAAAGUAUGCCUAUGGCUGCGCCGAGUUGCUCUUCCACCCCUUCCACAAGUGGCCGCUCCACGGCCCUGUCACGCCUCUCUUCCGUCGGUUCAUCACGAGCCCCAUUAGCUGGAUGGGCAAGCUGACGAUGAUGUCCUACAUGGGGACCUACUUCGCCAUUGGGUCGGCCUGGGCUUUGACGCUUCUAAACUACUUUCUCCUCGGCUGGUUCAACGGGUAUCUUGACAAAGACUAUGCCGAGAGUUUCAACAUGUAUUUCGGCCUGGUGAUUGUUUUCCAAGGCGCCGGCACCGUGAGCGUUGCGGUCCUCCGCUAUCGCACCGAGAACCGCUCGCUGUUCAAAUGCCUCGUUGAGAACAUGACGUGGAUGCUGGUUCUGGCCGUGUUCCUGGGAGGCAUCUCUCUGCACGUCUCGGGCGCACUGUUGUUUUAUCUUUUCGGCAUCGACAAGUCCUGGGGAGCCACUGCCAAGGAAGCCAACACGGACACGUCUUUCUUUCGAGAGAUUCCCGUCAUUAUCAGAAAGUUCAAGUUUACCUUCAUCUAUUGCAUUUUGUCUGUGGCCAUGAUGAUGGUGCUGGCGGGAAUAGGCCCACUGGGCAAGCUGGUGCCUGAUUUUUGGAGGAUCAAGAGCUUCAUCGCCAUCUUUCCCCAGGGAAUCAUGAUUGUCAUGCAUUUCUUCUUGCCUUUGGUCUUGAAUCCCGGCUUGAUGCUGUUCACGUUUUGA